AACAUGAAAAGCUUGUUUCGCUUUUACACUUCCAGCGUCUUGGCCCGCGUCAUGAAAAUAAUACCCGCCGCCUGUUCGUCGGCUCGAUGGGUGGUGUGGGGGGCGGUGCUUGCGGGGGUUCGCAGUGGUGGUGGAUGAGCUCAUACGAAAGCGAAAAGAAACAAGUUUAGCUUUUUGGAAUACGGACGACGACUGCAGCUUCAGUUGGACGCGAAACGCCAACGACGCCGGACAAAGCGAGCAAAAGAGAGCGAUAGCCGAAAACCGCGACCAAAAGCGAGAAACGAAAAAGUGUGUGACAAAACGUGCGCUAGUGUACGUGUGUGUGUGUGAGAGAGAAUCGUACUAGUGCUAGAAGCAGCACUUUUCUUUAACGCUGCCACUAAUUGGUACCAAAAACAUAAAAAAUAUAAAAAGAAAGGAGAAUAAACGGUGUUACGUGGCCGCCGUUCGUUUCGAUCCACUUCUCCUGCUGACCAGCUGAGCUGAAGAAAACGCUUCUAAUCACACACUCACACACACGCGCUUCGAUUUGAUUCCUAUUUUUCCAAUUUUGUUUCUCUUGGCAAUAACAAAAAAGGUCGACGUAGUCAACACGAGAUAAAGAACACACAAAAUUGCAGUGCAAAACAUAAAAUUUAAGGCUAAGGAAGGAAAAACUCUUGAGCGGGUGAAACAAAAUCAAUAAUUGGCCUGCGUCCGGCCGCGUGUGUGUGUGUGUGAGUGUGUGGGGAGUAUGCAUGCAUGUGUAUUUGUGAGAACGACAACUGGAGCAAUGCCUCAUUGAUAGAAAGGGCCAAAAGGGAAGACGAAUAAAGGCGAAGCAGCAGCAGGAGCAACAUUGAAGCAGUGAAGAGACCAAAUUUUGUGCAAUAAACCAGAGACUUUCCAGCAAUGCAAUCGGCAAUGUCCAGUACGCCCGCUAGCAGUAUCCCGGCAACGGUUAAUUUGCCUAAUAACCCCGGUAAUGCCUCGCCAGUGGCUGGGACCGGUAGCAGCACCCCCAUUCGGAUAAAUAGUGCCAAACACCAGCAGGCGGCCGGUGGUGACUCAUUGGCCCCCAGUAGCUCCACCUCUGCCACGCAUUCGCAUUCAAUGCCUGGGACGCCGCAACAACAACAAUCGAGCAGCGUUCCCACGGGCAGUCACCUUCAGCUGCAGGCACCCAUUCCCACACCAGGCGGUGGCGGUGCUGUGACCCCCUCUGCCUUGUCCAUGGGCGCAUCGAAUCAAUCGCUGGGCGUCAGUGUUGGCGCCGCUAGCAGUGUCAGCGGGAUCAGCAUUACGCCGCCCAACAGUGCCGGACUGCGUCAGUCCACAGUAUUCGAUUUCAAAUUCAAACGGCGACCUUCGCUGAAAGUUCUCAUGACCAAACUUCCGUCCACGGAUAGUUUGAGCAACAGUCCAGCGCCAUCAUCGCCAGGAAUCGCCAAUUGGGCCUCGGACAGUCGGGAUGGCAAUCUGGCAGAUAAGUCGGCUGCCGAUGCUGCUAAGCUUAAUAGAAAGGAGUCGUACAAGGCCCAAAGGAAAAACUACAGGCGAGAAAAGAAGCGAGUGGCCAGUGAGCUGAUGAAUUCCCUGCAGGAUCCAGCGGUUAUAGUCCUGGCCGAUUGGCUAAAGGUACGAGGAACUCUCAAGUCCUGGACCAAACUGUGGUGUGUGCUGAAACCUGGCCUGCUGCUCAUUUACAAAAGCCAAAAGACGAAAAGCAACCACUGGGUGGGCACGGUUAUGCUCACUUCGUGUCAGGUGAUUGAGCGUCCCAGCAAAAAGGAUGGCUUCUGCUUCAAGCUCUUUCAUCCCCUGGAGCAGUCGAUUUGGGCGCCGCGAGGUCCCGACAAGGAAACCAUCGGAGCCGUUGUACAGCCUUUGCCAACCGCUUACCUGAUCUUUCGGGCUCCCAGCCAGGCGGCUGGCAAAUGCUGGAUGGACGCCCUGGAGCUGUCCCUGAGAUGUUCUGCUCUACUGUUGCGCUCUAACAGCAGCACGGGAACAGCACCUUCGGCGAGUUAUGUGGGCGAGCCGUUGCCAGUGUCGCAUGAGACGCAAUGGUCGGAGGCGGACUACGAGAAGCACUUCAACGAUCAGGAUCUGGACGCUGAUAGCCAGAAUGAAGCACCCAAUGCGCUUUUGUCUGGCCUGGAGUCAGAAUCAGAAUCGGAUCCGGCAGAGCCGGUGCAGGAGGAUAACAUGGAGCAAGAAUGUGUAGAGACAACCUAUGUGCCCUUCACCGAGGAGGAGUUUGGCGAGCAAGGGGAACAGGUAGAGGAGUUGGCGGAGGAGAACAAGAGCCUAAUUUGGUGCAUUGUCAAGCAGGUGCGACCGGGAAUGGACCUGAGCAAGGUGGUGCUGCCCACGUUCAUCCUGGAGCCGCGCUCGUUUCUGGACAAGCUAUCAGAUUCAUACUAUCACGCGGACUUGCUAUCCAAGGCCGUUCAGGAGGACGAUGCGUUCACUCGCAUGAAGCUAGUCGUGCAAUGGUACCUGUCCAGCUUCUACAAAAAGCCCAAGGGCUUGAAGAAGCCCUAUAAUCCGAUAUUGGGCGAGCGGUUCCGAUGCUUCUGGCAGCAUCCCAGCGGCAGCCGGACCUUUUACAUUGCGGAACAGGUCUCACACCAUCCGCCCGUGUCCGCCUUCUAUGUGACGAACCGCGAGGACGGCUUCAGCAUUACCUGCUCCAUCCUGGCGAAAUCGAAGUUCUACGGCAACAGCACCUCGGCGGUGCUCGAGGGCGCUGCCACGAUGACGUUGCUGCCGCGCGGUGAGUGCUAUACGGCGACCACGCCCUAUGCCCACUGCAAGGGCAUCCUGAUGGGCACGCUCUCCAUGGAGCUGGGCGGAAAGAUUAACAUCGAGUGCGAGAACACCGGUUACAGGACGGAGCUGGAGUUCAAACUGAAGCCGUUCCUUGGCGGCGCCGAUGCCACCAAUGUUGUAGUGGGAAAGAUCAAAAUGGGCAAGGAGACCCUGGCUACCAUCAGCGGUCACUGGGACAAGGAGUGCCGGAUAAAGGACUCAAAGACGGGAGAGGAAUCGUUGCUGUUUAGGGCGGAUGCCGAGAUGCGUUCCAAGCGCUUAACACGCCACUUGGUGCCGCUUGCGUCACAGGAGCCUUUCGAGUCGCAGCUUUUGUGGCAGCAAGUCUCCGAUGCGAUUGCGCGCGAGGAUCAGGUCGCCGCCACCGAGGAGAAGACCAAAUUGGAGGAGCACCAGCGAGCAAAGGCCAAGGAGCGGGCCAGUACCGAAUCCACCCAUACGCCUGAUCUUUUUGAGUUGGACAGCUAUGGCCAGUGGAUGUACAAGUACGCCGAUCUGCGGCCCUGGGACCCGCGCAACGAUGUGCGCCAAUAUGAAUGCCAGUUCAAGGUACUCACCCAGACGCGGCACAAAUCGGUGCCCAUUGUACAUGGCACCGAUGGGAUUCAUCCCCUGCGUAGCUCCCUUGAAAAGCUAUCGCGCAAUCAAAGACAAUCACAUGUUAUGGCGGGUGGCUCCACAGCGGCCAAGGCUAAGAACAAGAGCCUGGUGCUGGCACCUCGCGACACCAACUCGGACUCCAGCCAGUCGCCCCAGGGAGUAGUUAAGCGCAGCUCGUCCAGUGCCAUUAAGCAACUCACCUUGGCCGUGGACCAGGUGAACCGAGUUCUGGAGGUGCAUUCGCGGCAGCUGAACGAGAUUAGCCAGCGGCUGGAACGCAUGCAGUACGCACCGCCGCAUAGUCACACAAGUGUUCAUUCGCAUCACAUGCUCGGCGGCGGUGUCUCGCAGUCGACGGUGGUCAAGUCGGUGAUUUACGCUUUGGUUGGGCUGGUCGUUAGCUUGAUCCUGCGCUGGCUGUUCAAGUAGAGCUGUGCUGGAGUGGAGUCAGUGGGUAUUAGGCUUAAGAUAAACCUUUGGUCAACCUAUAGAAGACAUAUAUACACACCCUAGAGUACAGAAAAGUAUUGCUUUUUACUGUAUUGUACAUUUUCUGCCACAUAGCGAAAAAGUAUGAGAUCUUGAUCUGGAUCUUGAACGAGGAGCGUGGCCAGAAAAAACAUCCAUCUUAAGAAUCACCAACUCCAUGUACAUAGGAAUAUAAGUGUUUGUCGUGCGUAAGUCCUGAAAAAUCCAAGUCUCCCCCAAGGCAGACAAAGUCCAAGUGCAAGUAUCUUUUCCAUAUAUCCUUCUCCCCUGGUUAGGUUAGGAUAUCGAUCGGAUUAUUAUAUAAAUAUACAAAUACACGCACGUUCGCCUAGAUGCAGCACCAGAUUUCGUCAAAAAUUCCAUUUAAACCAUGCUACGACUAUUUUAGCUAGUUCGCCUUUCCGUUUCCCUUCUUUAGGCAUGUACCAUUACUUGACACGAUUUAUACUAGUUAAUAAAUAAAUGAACAAUGCUCGAGAGGCUCUCUGCCAUCCCAAAACAAAAUAAAGCAAAAUAAAAAAAAAAAGAACACGCAGUGCAACACACCCUAGAGAUUAAAUACAAGAAAGUGCUUAUAGUUAUUACUUUUAGUAUCUCGUAUACACACAAUCCCCUUUUUAUCCUCCUUUCCCUUCAAAACUUGCAAUCUUGAUAAACAACGCUGUCCUUAACAAGAACUUUUAAUAAAUUCCCCUUUUUCAAAUCAAA